GAAGUGCGAGUGUGAGAUUACAGUUGGGAAAUGGGAAUUCGUAAGUCUGUUUUACCGCUAACGAAGUCUCAAGUAAAGAAAUAACAAGUUCUAAUUUUUUAUUAUUUAGAAAAGAUUUAAUAAAUAAUGAAAACCAUGAAAAAGUCUUUGUGUCUUAUAGUUCUGUAUAGUGUUUGUAUAUUGUCUAAAAAAUUCAACAAUGAAGAGAAACCGGCAUGGGCGAAGAAAGAUAUUCGCGAUUUUACAGACGCUGAUAUGGAACGUUUAUUAGAUCAAUGGGAAGAGGAUGAGGAACCUUUACCUGAAGAUGAAUUACCAGAACAUUUGCGGAAACCACCUUCAAUUGACAUGACCAAAUUGGAUAUGUCUAAUCCAGAAACAGUGCUUCAACAAACUAAGAAAGGUCAGACGUUGAUGAUGUUUGUGACAGUUGCUAAUAAGCCCCAAAGAGCCAGGACUGAAGAAUUAACUAAGAUUUGGCAAACUGGUUUAUGGAGUAAUCAUAUACAAGCUGAAAGGUAUCUUAUAGAUGAUGAUCGAGCUAUAUUUAUGUUCAAAGAUGGCUCUCAAGCUUGGACAGCAAAAGAAUAUCUAAUAGAACAAAAUGAAUUAAAGAAUGUUCAGUUGGAAAGUCAAACAUAUGAUGGGAAGUUUCCCGAUGUUAAAAACACAGCAGUAAGAGAUGAAUUAUAGAUCUGAAUAGUAUGAGUUUUAUAUCAACUUAUCAUUAAUAUACAUUCUUGGCAAAUUGUGUACUUUUCUGGAACCCUAUAAUUUAAAUGUGUUCCAAUAUAUGUUAUUAUAUUAUAAUUUGUAUAUAAAAUGUAAUUUAAAAUAUUUAAAUGAAUUCAUGAGAGAUGAGAAAUUUUAUACAGCCCUGUGAGGAUAUUGCAGUUUUAUCUGAUCUAGAUAAAAUCUUUGCAAAAUUUUAUCUUGGAAUAUGAUAUAUAAUCAAAAUUAUAAUUACAUAGUUAAUAAUUUAUAAAAAUGUAUUAAGACAUUAUUUUAAUGAAUUAAUAAGAUAUACUUUAUACACUUAUAUCAUCUAAAAUUAUGUGGUAAUUCUACAUACAUAUUUUCUUUUUUAAGCAUAUUUCAAACUAAGUC